CAAGGAGACAAGAGCAGUCCAAGGUAGUUCACAUCGAUCACACAGCAUGUCGGCCUCCUCCUUGAAGUACGACUUCUUCAACGUCUCCAUACCCGUGGAGUACGUUGCCGUCGUCGAAGUGGACCGGGUCAAGAAGCUAAAUGCCUUCACGCAACAAAUGUUCACGGAUCUUGGAGCCAUAUUCAGAAGACUGUCUGUGGAUCCAGAUGUCCGCGUGAUAAUUCUCACCGGAGCUGGAGAGAAAGCAUUCACAGCUGGUCUGGACAUCACCGCCGCCUCGCAGGGGGCACUUACCGGCGGAGGUAUGCCAGGUGCCGAGAAGGACACCGCGAGGAAGGCGUGGGAUCUUCGAAGACAUAUCAAGGAGAUCCAGGAACCCGUCUCGGAUGUGGAGAAGUGCGAAAAACCCGUCAUCUCGGUCAUGCAUGGGAUCAGCUACGGAGCCGCUAUCGAUAUCUCAACAUGUUGCGACAUCCGAAUUUGCUCCAAGGACACCAUCUUUUCCGUCCGAGAAGUUGCGAUUGGUCUUGCAGCCGAUGUUGGAACUUUGACCAGACUUCCGCAUACCCAAGUCCCCAUGUCAUGGAUCAAGGACAUAUGUCUGACGGCGAGAGAUUUCGGAGCUCAAGAGGCUUUGACCAUGGGCUUUGUGUCUGGCGUAUAUGACAGCAAGCAAGCGGCGUUGGAUCGGGCGAUGGUGCUGGCGAAGGACAUCGCGGCGGCGAGUCCAAUUGCUGUGCAGUCGACCAAGGCGGUGAUCAACUAUUCUAGGGAUCACUCCGUGGCAGACGGACUGGACUAUGUCGCUGUUUGGAAUGCAGCAAUGCUACAAACGCAAGACGUGAAGGACGCAUUAUUCUCGAAGAAAGAGAAGAGGACGCCGAAAUUCGCAAAGCUAUGA